AUGGCAGAGUUUGACGACCAAAACAGCAGAGUUCGUGAGUCAGUCUUUUUGGGCGUGCUAUGGGCUCUCACAGGCACAUCGUUUAUAUUUGUUGUAUUCCGCAUAUAUGCCCAACUUACCUCAUUCCGUCGAGUAUAUCUAGAUGGCUACCUCGUCAUCCUCGCAUGGAUCAUUAUGCUCACUGCCGCAGUCAUUUGGCAAGUCGAGGGAAAGGCUCUUUACGAGUUAUACGAAAUCAGCGCUGGCACAAAGCCAUUCAAUCCUGAAUUCCUACCGAGGUACAAUACAUUCAUGCUCUUUAAUGCUCCACUUCAGAUACUAUUUUAUUCGGCACUGUGGUGUGUCAAAUUCUCAUUCAUGGCACUCUUCUACCAAAUCAGUGCCCAGGUCGAGUCUCUCCGUAUUUGGUGGUUCCUGGUACUGUUCUGUACCGCGAGUGUUUAUAUUGGGUCGGUGGCCGAUAUCGAAUACAAAUGCAGUUUGGGGGGGCUGGAGUAUAUCAUCACUCAAUGUCCCCGACCUCAUCAUGUUCAUUAUGAGAAUCGCAUGUUCUGGGCCAACUGUGCCGGGGAUGUUAUCACGGACUUUAUGAUAUUUCUCGUUUCAGUCCUGUCUAUUCCCUUCCUUGUGCUAUGGAAAGCACGAAUCUCGCUACGCAAAAGGCUUCUUCUGCUGAGCAUUUUCUCUGCAACUAUCUUCAUCAUGGUCACCGCUAUAAUCCGGGUGGCCGUCGGGAUGAACUAUGACCGGCAGAUGAAUAUCGACUGGCUAUGUUUCUGGAGCUUUGUUGAGGUAGAUGUUGCGAUUAUUGUCUCCUGUGUCGCCUCUCUCCGCCAACUAUUCGUCACCUCGCAGAAUCAGAGCUCAUCUGCAAGGGCCGCGUACCAUGAUACAAACGACCCUAUUCCGAAAAAUUCAAAAGAGGGGUAUAGCCAAGAUCUGUCGGGGUCUGUUGGGGAUGUCGAGUCACCCGCAAAUGACGAGGUGCCCAUGUCGCCCUUGAGCGUUGUACAUGUUCGUCAAGAUUUCGAAAUGACACGUGUUGAUGCCAGUCAGUCUGCUAAUGGUGAGAAGGCAUGCAGACACCAGACUAGCUUUGACUAG